AUGGCUGCAAAAGAAGUUCUUCGGAGAGGUUUGAGAUGGAAUAUUGGGAAUGGGCGUAGAACGAAGAUAUGGGCAGAUAGGUGGAUCCCAAUCCCAAAUUCUUUCACGGUUGCAAGUCCUAGGCCCCAAAAUUUUGAGGGUGAACUAGUGGACACCCUUCUAGACCGUGAAUCAGGGGGCUGGGACAUUAGUGCAAUAAAGAAUGUUUUCUUACCUUAUGAAGCGGAGGCAAUCUUGAGUAUUCCGAUUAGUCCUAGUUUUCCGGAGGAUGCAUUGAUUUGGGCUUGGUCGAAAAAAGGUGACUUCUUGGUGAAAAGUGCAUAUCAGGUAGCAUAUAGGUGGCUGACCGAAGACAGAGGAAAAGGGGCAGGGGGAGAGGAGUCAAACCCGAGAAGAAAGAAAGAGUUUUGGAAGGCCAUUUGGGGUUUAAAUUUCCCAAGCAAAGUCAAACUCUUUAUGUGGAGGGCUUGUAAAAACAUAUUCCCUACAAACUACUGCCUUUGGCGACGAAAGGCGUCCACAGAUGAUGAAUGUGUGUUUUGUGGGUUGAGUGAAUCUUCGAGACAUGCUCUAUGGGAUUGUUGGAUGGCAGAGGCUGUUUGGAAGGAAACAAAGAUGUUAUUGCCCAAGGUGAGUCAUCCUCAUCGAGAAUUUAUUGACGUAAUAUGGAAAAUUUGGGAGGAUCGAAUGGAAAUAGAAUGGGAGCGCCUAGAAUGCACAGCGUGGUGCAUUUGGAAGAAUAGAAACGCAGCAAAGUUUGAAGGUAAGAUUAAACAAGCAAAGGAGAUAGUCUCGGAAGCAAAUGCUCUGGUUGAGGAUUUUAAGGGGUAG